GUAGAAACUGUAAGGAUUUUGACUGUCGUUUUUCUCAGGUUGGUUUAGCAUCUCAGCUGUUAUGUUGGACCGGACAGUUUCUUGGCCAUGGAUUGUUCGAGACGAAGGAUAACAGUAGCUUGGGUUCUUGGAUUUGGAAGAAGAUCCUAAAGCACAGAAACUUGGCAAUUGACUUAACUCAGGUUGAAGUUCAAAGUGGAGCAAGGACCUCUUUCUGGUUUGACAAAUGGACGCCACUCGGAAGAAUCAUUGAUCUCACGAGCUAUCGAGGUUGCAUAGACCUAGGCAUCCCUAUAAAUGCAACGGUUGAGUUUGCUGUUCAAAGAUACAGAAGUAGAAGACAUCGGGUUGCUCUUUUGAUUCACAUUGAGAAUGAAAUCUUGAAGUUGCGGUUGCAGGGAUUAUCCUCUGAAAAUGAUAUUCGGCUUUGGAAGGGAUUGGGAGAUUCUUUUAAGCCAACUUUCAGUUCCAAACAUACUUGGCAUAUGAUAAGAUUAUCUGCUCCACACGUAAACUGGCAUCAGGGGAUCUGGUUCUCAGGAGCUACACCAAGGUACGCUGUCCUUACUUGGAUCGCCAUUCACGACCGUUUGGCCACUGGAGUUUGGAUUCAAAAAUGGAGCCCACAAACGGAUGCUAACUGUGUCCUUUGUUCGGGCCACAUGGAAACUCGUGAACACCUUUUUUUCAGCUGUGCAUACACUCAGCAGAUUUGGAAGGGGUUGACAUCUAAGCUGAUGGGUACUCGCUACACAGAGGACUGGUUCUGUAUUCUAAAUCUGUUGGCUGAAACUGGAAGGAACUCUACUCAUAUGUUUCUUCUCAGAUACGCGUUUCAAAUUUCUAUUCAUUCCAUAUGGCGAGAAAGGAAUGGGAGAAAACAUGGAGAGACGCCCCAAACUUCUGCUGUUUUGCUGAAAGUGAUAGAUAAAGGUGUGCGAAACCGCAUAUCUUCUCUGCGUAUGGGUGGGAGUCGACGAUUUCAGAGAGCCCUAAUGGAUUGGUUUGCCAUAAGAAGUUAGCAAGGGAUGAAGUAGUUUGAGUUUGUUUUUUUCAAUUUCCUUAUAGCAAUGCUAAAACAAAGUUACACACGAUGUAAAAAUGUUUUUUUUUAGUUGAAUAAAUUUAACAUU